GUCCUCGCGCACACUCGCAACAACCUGUGCACAUCAAGUCAAGGGUCCAAACUUUCAUUCCUUUGUUUUUGACAACAUGUCUAAACCGCUAACCGACCAUGAAAGGCGCAAGCAGAUCAGUGUUCGUGGUAUAGCAGGACUCGGGGAUGUUGCUGAAAUCAAAAAGAGCUUCAACAGGCAUCUGCACUUCACUCUUGUGAAGGACCGCAAUGUGGCGACCCCGCGGGAUUAUUACUUCGCCCUGGCGCACACCGUGCGGGAUCACCUGGUGGGCCGCUGGAUCCGCACUCAGCAGUAUUACUAUGAGAAAGACCCGAAGCGCAUCCACUAUCUGUCACUUGAGUUUUACAUGGGCAGAACUCUACAAAACACCAUGAUAAACCUUGGGCUACAGAAUACCUGUGAUGAAGCCAUCUAUCAGCUUGGACUUGAUUUGGAAGAACUGGAGGAAAUUGAGGAGGAUGCAGGAUUGGGAAACGGUGGUCUAGGGCGUCUUGCAGCUUGUUUUCUGGACUCAAUGGCAUCUCUGGGUUUGGCAGCGUAUGGUUAUGGCAUUCGGUAUGAGUUUGGCAUCUUCAAUCAGAAAAUUGCCCAUGGCUGGCAGAUUGAGGAAGCUGAUGAUUGGCUGCGUUAUGGUAACCCUUGGGAAAAGGCCCGUCCUGAGUACAUGCUGCCUGUGCAUUUCUAUGGGCGAGUGGAACACACACAUGACGGACCAAAAUGGGUUGACACUCAGGUUGUGCUUGCAAUGCCUUAUGACACUCCUGUGCCUGGUUAUAAAAACAAUACUGUGAAUACUAUGAGACUAUGGUCUGCCAAAGCUCCUAAUGAUUUCAACCUGCAAGAAUUUAAUGUUGGCGAUUACAUCCAGGCAGUACUGGACCGCAACCUGGCUGAGAACAUCUCACGGGUUCUCUACCCCAAUGACAAUUUUUUUGAGGGGAAGGAGCUGCGUUUAAAGCAGGAGUAUUUUGUAGUGGCUGCUACUCUUCAGGACAUCAUCAGACGCUUCAAAUCCUCAAAGUUUGGCUGCAGGGAUCCUGUGCGCACUUCUUUUGAAACGUUUCAUGAGAAGGUGGCGAUCCAGCUUAAUGACACCCAUCCAGCUCUGGCCAUUCCUGAACUCAUGAGGAUCCUCGUGGAUAUUGAGCACCUGGACUGGGAGAAGGCAUGGGAAAUCACCACCAAAACAUGUGCAUACACAAACCACACUGUGCUGCCUGAGGCUCUAGAGCGCUGGCCUGUCUACAUGUUCGAGAAGCUUCUGCCACGACAUCUGCAGAUCGUCUACGAGAUCAACCGGAGACACCUAGAUAGGAUCUCUGCGCUUUACCCAGGUGACACAGAUCGUUUGCGCAGGAUGUCUCUGAUCGAGGAGGGCGACCCAAAGAGGAUAAACAUGGCUCACCUCUGUGUGGUCGGUUCUCACGCUGUCAAUGGUGUGGCACGCAUUCACUCUGACAUUGUCAAGACUACUGUAUUUAAGGACUUUUGUGACAUUGAGCCAGAGAAGUUUCAAAACAAGACAAAUGGUAUCACACCUCGCCGAUGGCUGCUGCUCUGCAACCCCGGCCUGGCAGAUAUCAUCGCUGAGAAAAUUGGUGAGGACUUCUUGACGGAUCUUUUCCAGCUUAGAAAACUGCUGGACUUCAUCAAUGAUGAAAUGUUCAUUCGGGACGUGGCCAAAGUUAAACAGGAAAACAAGCAGAAAUUUGCAGCAUAUCUGGAGAACGAAUACAAUGUCAAGAUAAAUCCAGAGUCCAUCUUUGACAUCCAGGUCAAAAGAAUCCAUGAGUACAAGAGACAAUUACUGAACUGCCUUCACAUCAUCACUCUAUAUAACCGCAUAAAGAAAGAACCCAACAAGAAGUUUGUUCCCAGGACAGUGAUGAUUGGAGGAAAGGCAGCCCCAGGCUACCACAUGGCCAAGAUGAUCAUAAAGCUGAUCACGUCAGUGGGAGAAGUGGUCAACCACGAUCCGGUGGUUGGAGACAGACUCAAAGUCAUUUUCCUGGAGAACUACAGAGUCUCUUUAGCAGAGAAGGUGGUUCCCGCCGCUGACCUGUCUGAGCAGAUCUCCACUGCAGGAACCGAAGCCUCCGGCACUGGAAACAUGAAGUUCAUGCUGAACGGCGCUCUGACCAUCGGCACGAUGGACGGCGCUAAUGUGGAGAUGGCAGAGGAAGCUGGAGAAGAAAACCUGUUCAUCUUCGGCAUGAGAGUCCAGGAUGUGGAGGACAUGGACAAGAAAGGAUAUAAUGCCAGGGAAUAUUAUGAGCGUCUGCCUGAACUGAAACUGGUGAUGGAUCAAAUCAGCUCUGGAUUCUUCAGUCCCAAAGAGCCUGAGCUCUUCAAAGAUGUUGUCAACAUGCUCAUGGAUCAUGACAGGUUCAAGGUGUUUGCAGAUUACGAGUCCUAUAUCAGCUGUCAAGACAAAGUUAAUGAACUUUACAAGAACCCAAAAGAAUGGACCAAAAAGGUGAUCCGGAACAUUGCAGCAUCGGGAAAGUUCUCCAGUGACCGUACGAUCGCUGAAUAUGCGCGGGAGAUCUGGGGUGUCGAGCCGUCUGACGUCAAGAUCCCACCACCAAAUGAACCACGCGAAUAAAACCUUCCCUGAAUUCCUGAGUCCAGCUCUGUCACUUUGAAUCUCAUCACACACAGAAAACUAACUCCAUGUGCACCUAACAUAUUUCAAAUCACUGUUAUUCACAUCUUCGUAAUCGAUUGUCUUUGUUUCCAUUACUGCAUAUUUAAUUAGCUGUUUAUCUGAAACUACUCUAUUGAAGCUGUUCAGACAGCAUAGUCCAGCUUCAGUUUACAAACUUAUUUAAGCAAUAUGUUUAUGCAUAUUUAUGGCAUAUAGCCUAGUGUCACUUUUCAAGCAUUCCUUGGAUCAUUUUUGAGGUUAUUGUUUGUUUUGACUGAUGUUUUGCGGGUGAUUUAGGAACUCCAGUAAUAUUAAAAAAUCAGUGCGACUGAAUGACAGCUUUCGUUAAGUGAAAUCCUCAGCUGGAGUCUCUCUGCAUUUAAAUACAUUAUAUAAUCAGUCAGUAAAGAUGACCUCAGAAGUGCUCAUUAAAACCGCAUUCAUUUAAUGACUCCAGAAUGCAUGUGAUGAUGUGGUUUUUCAACGUCCAAAUGAUCUUUUUAUUCAGGCUUUUCCGAAGCAGGUUAAAGGGUGCCUUGCAUUUGUGUGCAAUAUUACCAUCACUUUCCUUUGUAAAUAUUUAAUAAGAAUAUGAGAAAUAUACAUGGCAGCUGCCUGACGUAAACUCAAGGGAAUCCAUCAUGUGUGUCAUUUGCUUUAAAUGAGAUAUUUUUCAGUGUUGACUCUGAUGUCAGGUCAGGUCGUGCUCUUUUUCACCUUGUAUUACCAAAUACUGUGCCUGUAAGUUUGAUAGAACACAAAAGCAACCAUAAAGCAACCUUUAACUUUCAACAGCUUUUCAGGUGUUCUGAAUGUGUUUAUGAAUGUAACCUUCGAAUAUUCACAAGUACUGAAGCCUUCAGCUGUUUUACACAAGUACUGUAUGAAAUGUACCGUUAACACAAAUAAUAAAAAAAGUGAAAAAUAAAA